AUGUCGACGCUCUCGCCUUCUGAUAUUAGUCUACUUAAGUCUCAGGACGAUCAGACGGUGUACAAGGCGCACAACCACAAGGGAAACAUCUCGAGGAACUCGAAGGGAGGUUGCACAUUCUGCGGUGGCCUAGGUUCCCGGGGUGAAGAGCGUGAAGGUUCUGAGGCUUUGAAAUACUGUUCCGGCUGCCAGAGAGUCAAGUACUGCUCUGCUGACUGUCAGAAGCAAGACUGGAAACGGCAUAAGGAGUUCUGCAAGAUGCAUCGGGCCGCUGCCAGUGAAGCUGCCAAACGCCAUGAAGCAUCAGGCGCGAGCUCCGAACCUUCCUCAGACAAGCCAUCUCCACACGUUUUCCAAGGGAUGCUGGAAGACUUCAUUCAGCUCCAUAAGCGAAUGCUAUCCGUGGUAGUAGGGAACGAGCUCGCGCGCAUACGAGGAAGUGAAGUCUUCCCGCCCAUGGAUGUGCGGACUGAAUGCGUCUGGUUCUCGCUAAAGUUACGGGGCUUGGACGUCAGCCCUGCUUCUGCCUUCCAAUACAUCGAUGCCGCCCUUCCCUGGCCGUUGGAGGGACUUCCAGACAACCUCCGUCAACAGACCACGCUUUACAAUGCGCGACUACAUCAGGACAACAAUGACCCUACGAAUGUGCAGCUUGGGGUAUCCGCCGUGUCCGCCAUAUUCAACGCAGAGGGUGUAGCAUACACCACGAAGAUCGAGAUUUGCCGUGGCCAUCUCGAUUUGAACCUUCUAAAGAGGAGCGUACCCGAGAACGCGCAGUGGUGGGAGCAGCUUGAGCACAAUGCCCAAGAGGGAGUUGUAUCGCGUCGAUUCUAUGACGAACAUGUGAACACGUUCGUGGAGUGGUCGGGUAUCUUGAAGCAGAAGGAAAACGGCACUUGGCGUUGGGAGAGGUCUAAGAACGAGACCAACAAGAAGCAGAAGGCAAAGUUACGGGAUAUGAAGAAGGCGUCUAUAGAGUGA